AUGGCGAGGUGCUGCACAGAGGCCGUCGUCGAUGACUGGCUCUGCCCUCUUUCGGAGUAUUGCGCAGUCGACCAGUCGGUCGGGUCGCGGUGUGCUUGUCGAGAGCAAAGGCCGGAUCAUGGCGCUAAAACGGCCUGGUCUGAGCAAUACGGGUCAUUUGCUUUGGGGCUGAAUCUUGAUCCAGCAUGCUCAUCAUGCCUCGAGGCUAUCCUCACUUGGCUCACAUCUAUUGUAGGAGCCCAGUCCCGGCAUUGCCAUCCUCUGCUCCCGGCCUACCUGAUCUCUUCCACCCCGGAGCGCGUGCGUAUCGAUAGCACCAGAUCCGCGAGCCCGGCGUACCCACAGAUCCUCAGUAUCCGACGACAGAUCAGCAUCCUCGCCCAAGCAGCCACGAUCGAAUAUCACUCGACGCCACAUCGUUUCAUUUGGCAGACUGCAGCUGAACCCUCAAAUCGAGCAAGCGAAGGACGGGGCCGCUAUCCGUACCUGUCUGUGCUCAGCUUCCAGAUACGACAAGUCCAGAUCUGUGGACUGGGGAGAGCGCGGGAAGAAGCAAAGCGCAGCAGUGGGCCUGAUAGUCUGCGGUAG